AGGAAUCGCAGCCCCCACAGCCUGCCUGGCCUUUACACCCUAAGGAUGGACCCUCCUGCCCCCGCUGCUAUCACCCCUGCCCUGGCCCUGGCCUCAGCUCCAGCCCUAGCACAGGGCUCCCUGGCACUGCCCUACCUGGGAAACCCAUCGCCCCUUCUCUCCUCUGGACAAGAAGUAAAUAAACAUGAACGAGGAGCUUGUCUCUGGAGGCCCUGGCUGUCCUCUACAAAUCACCUCCCCAGGCAGGUGAGGAAACAUGUGGAUUUGGCCGCCAGUGGGACAACAGGUGCCAAGGUCACCAAGGUUGACUUUGAGUUCCAUCACCCAGUCAGACUCUUCUGGCCUAAAUCCUGCUCCUUUGACUACCUGUACAGUGAUGGGGAGAUUUUACUGCAGAACUUCCCUGUUCAGGCAACCAUCAACCUCUAUGAGGACUCAACCAGUGAGGAGGAGGAGGAAGUGGAGGACAGAGAAGAGGAGAAGAAAGAGGAAGCAGAUGGAAAGGGGCCAGAAGGGUGUGUGAAGGUACCAGGGUCAGCACCAUACAGAGCCACAGCUCAUUCUCCCUCCCUGCCCCUGAUCUGUCCCAACUGAACCAGUCAGUCUGAUGGGGUUCAUUAUGCCUGGAAGCAUUUCAGGGCGUUGAUUAGCCAGGAAUCCCCAGGAACAGUUCUCUGGAUUGAAAGUUGGGUCCUCAAGUUACCAGCUCACCCUGGCUACACCCAAUAGGUCUGUGAGCCCAGCCCUCUGGCAUCUCAUUGGGUUGCUGUUGUGUUGCCAGUGAGAGGGUCCUAGGAACUCUAGGGGAAGGAAAACUUGCUUUCUGAACCCCCCAGGGAGCAGAUGAGGAUGAAGAAUGCCUAUGCAGAGAACUUUCACUCUUCAGGGCUCUUUGACUCCCCAACCAUUCAGGUGGCCAUGAAGUCCUGUCUUUCUGUGGUAAGCCUGAUUUCUGGCUUCACUUCCACGGAUGCAAUACCAACACCAGUUGGGGUGCUUUUCUGACGGACCUUGCAGGAAGGAAAGGGGACAUCUAAAACAUCAGUCUACUUUGGGGACCUCUUCC